AUUUGGAACAUAAUCCAGCAAGACACUUAACAUGAAUGAGCCUGAAUUAGGUAAGGUUUAGAUGCAGGUGAGUCGGUCCGCUUCAAGGGGUAUAAUUCAAGUACCUAACUGCAAAUUUCUCUUUGUUCUUGAACCCGCGAAUUGGCCAUUUGGAUCCAGUUACACAUCCCCUGCAUUAACCCUCUUCUUCUUCUUGUACUCGUCCAUUCCAUUAGGAUUUUGGAGAGGAAAAAAAGUCUCACCUUUGACUGGUUUUUUACAAAGCAAAAGGACCUUGUAGACGAAUUUCACAGUGCUGCUUGGAUUACUGCAAUUGCAAUUCAGGUUUUUUCACAUUAUGAAUUAAUCCCCUGGCUCAUGAUCAAUAGAACCAUUAACUUGUAUCUCUGGCAAAGGUUCAAAAUUUCGCCCUUCAAGCAGUAUUCCACAUACUCUUCAGAAGAUCAAAACCAAAAGCUGAUUACCUUGUUACAGUCAUGCAAAAAAAUCUCUGAAACCACUCAAAUCCAUGGCUUAAUGGUCAAGAAUGGUCUUGACAACACACCGUUUCCAUUGAGCAAAUUGCUUGCACACACUUCAAUACAGGAUAUCGAGUAUGCAGCCUCCAUUUUCAAGCAUGUACAGAGCCCGAAUCUCUAUAUGUUCAACACCAUGCUUAGAGGUUAUUCAAUCAGUGAUGACCCUAGAAGAGCUCUUGUUUUGUUCAAUUGCAUGAGGGCUCAAACCCAAAGUCAAGAUUUCAUGCUUGACGAAUUCACUUUUGUUUCAACUUUGAAAUCUUCAGCUCGUUUAUUCACUUUUUGGACUGGUUCUGGAAUUCAUUCGGUUGUUUUGAAAUCUGGGGUUGAUUUGUUUCUAAAUGUCAAGAAUUCUCUCUUGCAUUUCUACUGUGUUUGUGGGCGAACUAAGGAGGCCCACCAGUUGUUUGAUGAAUUUAGUACAAAGAGAGAUUUGAUCUCAUGGAACACAUUAAUGGGUGGUUAUCUUGGUGCCUUUCAGUAUGAUAUGGUUGUGGAAUUGUUUAGGAAAUUACACGGGGAUGGUUAUAGUUUUGGUGUGACUACAAUAUUAAGUAUCUUGUCAGCUGUUGGUGAAAUGAGAAAUGUUCUCAGAGGGGAAUGUCUCCAUGGAAUUUGCAUCAAGAUUGGAUUUUUAUUUGAUCUGAGUGUGGUAACUGGCUUGAUUUCCAUGUAUGGGAAACAUGGUUAUAUUGAUUUUGCUCGUCAAAUUUUUGAUGAAAUUGAUAUUGAGAAAGAUAUUAUAAUGUGGAACUGUUUAAUAGAUGGAUAUGCUAAGAAUGGUCUGUUAGAAGAAUCAUUAGAAUUGUUAGGUUCAAUGAAGCGUGAAAAGGUGAAGCCUAAUUCAUCUACCUUGGCGGGGUUGCUUUCUGCUUGUGCUUCAUCUGGGGCUCUUACUGUAGGUCAGUCGAUACAUGAUUACGUGAAGGAACAACAGCUAGCUCUGGAUGCGGCUCUCGGGACAGCUCUAGUAGACAUGUAUGCUAAAAGUGGGCUGCUCGGGAAGGCUGUCCAUGUCUUCGAUAGGAUAGAGAGCAAAGAUGUGAAAUGUUGGACGGCUAUGAUUUUGGGUCACGGGGUACACGGGCAGGCAAAUGAUGCAAUUACACUCUUUCACAGGAUGGAGGAAGAGGGUUUCCAGCCUAAUGAAGUUACUUUCUUGGCAGUUUUGAUCUCUUGUAGCCAUGGAGGUCUAGUGAAGGAGGGAAUGAUCUAUUUCCGGAGAAUGGUGGAAAUGUACGGUCUUAUGCCAGAAGUUGAACAUUAUGGAUGUAUAAUUGAUCUCUUGGGUCGGGCUGGGUUGCUGGAGGAUGCAUAUGAGAUAAUUAAAGGAUUGGUAAAUGAGGGGGAUGGUACUGCUUGGCGUGCAUUGCUUGCAUCAUGUAGAAUCUAUGGCAACGUGGAAUUGGGGAAACGUGUGAAGCGAAAACUGGAGAAAAUAUGUGAUGAACCUUCAUCUUUUAUAAGUACAAAAUCAACUAUCAACUUGCAAUCAAAGUUCAACUCUUCAAUAAGUGUUCUAGCACAACCAAUGGUUGCCAAGUAA